GCAAAACAGAGGCAAGGAAGGACUGAGCGAUGUUGGACGCGUUAUUAUUGCAACCAACGGGACAGUGAAAGAAAUAGGAAAAACCGGAGAGCUGACAUAUUGAUUUCUACGCUAACAACAGCCCGUCUCGUGUCCUCGACCUGACCCAAUGGAUCCCGGAGGAAGUGAACUGGACUCCAGCCUGCCUCAGCCCGAGAACCCGUGUCUGAUCGUGGAGGACUCGCAGCCGGACAGUGUUGCUCUGGAGGACGACCCAGAGAGCAGCUACCGAGCUCUGCUGGCCCGGCGCCUGUCCAGCCUGCAGCCCACCUCCCGCAGCCCGGUUCUGGAACUGAUAUCCUCGCCGCUAGGAAGCAGAUGCUCUCAGACCGACAGCCAAUCAGAGAGUUCCCAGAGUAACAACCUAGCUGAACCCGGCGUUCUCAUGGCAGCCAACCCCAGUUCUGCAUUCCAGGAGGAAAGUCAAGUUCUAAACAUUUGCCCUCCAAACAACAAGAAAAAGUGUGCACCAGAGGACACCGAUAUUGGUUCUGGAGCUGAUUCUACCACACACUGCAUUCAGUCUGAGGAGGGAAACACUCAAUUGGGUUUUCUCGAGCUUUCUCAGAGUCAGGAUCUGCGUGGUGAAGUUGUGAACCGUCAGGAGGAAGACGCCGACAUCGUACCUCAGUCAGACAGCGAGAGACGCACAAAAUCAGCAGAGCAGAACAUCAGCUCCAGGACUUCAGAGAGUCAGGACAACAAAGCAGUGAGAUCUGAGGUGAGCUCCAGCUGCUCAUUGGUGUCUUCGGCUCAGUCGGGGAGGCAGCUGGGCAUCGAGGCUCUGCUGUACUCAGAGGGGCACCAGGCGUCCGAUGAGCAGGACAGUCAGAUCCUGUCCUCACAGGAGGACAUGUUCGACACUGAUAAGACAGGUGCUGCAGUGGACAGCACCGUGUCUGAGCCGGAGCAGCAGGGUCAACCCACCGCGACACCAUCCCACACCCUGCGACUGCUGCAUCUGUCUGGGCAGGGAACACUGGUGCAGGAAACUCUGUCCCAGAGCUCUGUUGACUAUGUUGCCCCCACGCAAGACAACUUAACCAACACCCCUUUAAUAGUUCCCAGCUCACCAACCAAUUCAGAGGAUAUACACAGUGCUGAUGAACCGAUGGAUACUUCCCUGCCCCCAGAAGACCAAGCAGAGCCAAUGGAAACGGAGGUCGGCUCUAAGCCACACCCAUCCGCCUCUACUCCUGUCUCCCAGAACUCCCCUGGCUUUGUGUUAGAGCGAACUCUCUCUUUACCCUCCCAGCCAGAGUUAUCUCAUGACGUGUUUGUCCCAACGCAGAGCCUGGAGGCACCACAGCAGUCAGAUAAGAAGACGGCAGCAUUGCCUCGCGAGACACAGUCGCAACACCUGGAGACGGCUCCUUUCACUUUGCCUUUGCAACUCUCUGUGAACACUCAGAGCAGUAGCCCAGCUCAGAAGACCUCAGAACUUACUGAGGAGGACAGCCAGGCCACGCAGAUAGAGGAACUGGAGGAGCCGCCCGGCGUCGACGCCAGCGACUCACAUAAGAGGAGAGAGAGCAACGGGGUGUCUUCAGAUUCACAAGCUGCCUCCAGCUCCAAAGCUUCAACCUCUGCUGUAUCACCAAAGCAUCGCAGCGAAUGUUCAAAGAACGAACUGUCCAGUCUGUCGCAAAGAUCUGAAGUGGACAAAAAGACAGCAACUUCUUUGAAUGUACAAAAUGUGAAUGUAAAAGACAAGAGUGACAGCAAAGAGACGAGCUCUGUUGACAUGGAUCCCUCUGAUCUGACUGUUAACAGCAGCGUGCAGGAGACUCCCCCCGCAGACACUACUCCCUGCAGUUUGCCCUCACAGUCUAUGAUCUCGCAGACAUCUGCUGUGGAUGUGGUGGAGGGUUCUGUAAACUUGAAGAAGGAAGGAGCAACUGCAAAGAGUCCGUCUGUAAAAUCGUCGUCACAGAAGUGUGGAGCGGUUGGUAACUGUCAAACGGUCAAAGACGUGGUGGAUGAGCAUAAGAAGGGUGAAGUAGAAGGGGAGGAGGUGAUGGAGGAGGAGGAGGGGGAGAGCACAAUGGGAGGCGGGGCGUCAGGAAUAGAUCUGGUUCUCUCCCAGAGCGAGCUGUUGUCUCCUCAGCCCAUGGAGGAGGAGAGUGAAGACCGAGGAGAGGACAGCAUCAUCGUUGUUACAGACAGCGAGAGAGACUCCCAGGUCCUCCGGAAAGAUGUGACGCCCCAGUCAAAGACAAACAGUUCCCAGCCAAUCCGAGGCAAAGUGUCCUUCUCCACUAAUGGACAUGGGUCCCAGGCUCAGGGGAAGACGGUGCAUCCGGCUCCUGAUAGGCUCUCCCAGGGGGAGAGGGCGGGGCCUGAACCAGAGGGGCUCAAAGACAAGAGCCUGAGCGAUAGCUCGGGAGAAAUUUCCUUCCACUUCACACUUCCUAAAGAAGGGGAUCUGAUUGGUCCUGUUGUUGGUGCCACGCCCCCUCUAAUCAACCAGCUGAAGCAGACGCUGAGGCACAGCACUCCCAUCGAGAUCACUUCCUUUUCUGAAAAGUUAGGCGUGGUGGGGGAUGUCUCUGCAGACGGGGCAAUGGCAGCCAGUGACAUCGUUUCGGGGGAAAGCGGGGAUGACACGACGGAAAAGGGAGACGGAAAGCUGAGUUUAAGGAUGAAGCUGGUGACCCCUGUCGAAGAGGGCAGCUCGGAGCGCUUCAGCCUGCAGAAGCCAGCACUAUCAGAGGAGGAGGGGUCUGUCGUCAAGGUUACCACUGUUGCCAAGGCUGUUACCAGCCCGUCAGUGUUCAGUCGUGUCCGGCAGGUGCACAGACAGCAGGAGGCAAGGGAGGAGAGCCAGGGUGGAGGCAACACCACACCUGUCAGAGGGGAGCUGUUCGCCUCACCGCAGAGAGGCUCCCCGGCGUCCUCGCUGGGAUGCAACAGCCUCCCUAACAGCCAAUCAGAGCCUUCGCAAAAGGAAGUGUUGGCAGCAACGCAGGAGACUCACAAGGAUCUUUCCGGCUCCGACAUGCGGUCUGAGGAUAGACGAGAACCGCCUCAAGCUCCAGAGCCGCCCACCCCGAACAGGAAAGAUGCCCGACAGAGGGUUCCCUUCGACAACACCAUCACCUCCAGUCCGUCCAAUAAGCUCCGUCAGCGAACAGUCUCCCAGCAGACCAGCUUCGAUGCACCGGGGCUGCGCUCCCCAGCUGGCAGGGGUGAACCAGAAUCUCCGUCCUUUAGAAGAACCGCGGCUCCCGCCCACCGCAGACACGUGCGCACCAUCCAGGAAGUGCGGACCACCGUCACACGGAUCAUCACAGACGUGUAUUAUGAGGACGGCAAAGAGGUGGACCGCAAAGUCACAGAGGAGAACGAGGAGCCAGUGGUGGACUGCCAGGUGUUGGACGGCGACAUCUCCCCGUGCCGCACAGGCAGCAGCUCUAUGACCUCUGGUGACCUUGGUGACAUAAGCUCUCUGUCGUCAAAGACCUCCAGCCUGCAGCACAGCUCCGGAGGAACCAGCAGCAGCGGCUUCACCCGGCCGGACUUCAUCAUGCCGCCCAGUCGAGGGUACUUCAGUCCCAGGAGGGGAGGCAGGCAGCAACAGAGGGGUCACCGGGGUCAACGGGCAGGGUCAGUGGUCACAAUGAACAGAGGCUUCAUCCCGCUGUCCCCCAGAGGAAGGGCUAGAAGGGGCCGACCCCCAUCCCGCUCCUCAAUGUCCAGGGGACGUGGUGUUGGCUCACUGCAGCGGCUCGGUGCUCACGGCCAGCCACACUCCUCCUCAGAGGACGAGCCCUACACCCGCAUGCUCCCCCCACGCCUCCCCGUCAGCCCCACAGAUGCCGAGCUCCACAGCCGCUCCGACUCCCUCAGGUCAUCGCCGGAGGCGACGAACUCGACCGGAAGCAGCUUCAUCGGCCUGCGGGUGGUGGCCAAGUGGUCGUCCAACGGCUACUUUUACUCAGGUUGCAUCAUCAAAGACGCCGGUGAGGGGAAUUUCCGCCUACGGUUUGAUGACGGCUACGAGUGUGAGGUGGCGGGGAAGGACAUCCUGCUGUGUGAUCCCAUCCCCCUGGAGACGGAGGUCACCGCUCUGCUGGAGGACGAGUACUUCAGCAUAGGUGUUGUGAGGGGCCAUAAAACAGAAGGGCAGGAGAUGUUCUACAGUGUGGAGAAGGACGGCCAGAGGCAGUGGCACAACAGGACCGCCGUCAUCCUGUCUCUGGAGCAGGGAAACAAGCUGAGGGAGCAGCACAGCCUCGGGCCCUACGAGCCCUCCACGCCGCUGACCAAGGCCUCCGACAUCAGCCUCGAUAACCUGGUGGAGGGGAAGAGGAGGCGCAGAGGAGCCCCCGAGGAUCAGAACACACCCAACCGCAGCUCUUCCAACAGCCCCCGAACCCCCGGCACCUCCGGCAAGAGAAAGCUGAUGACCUCCGAGGAGGGCAGGACUACGGCCAAGAGAGGCCGCAGGGGCCCGGGCGCCAGAGCCGCUCAGCGUGUCGGAGUGUGUAACACCUCUGGCAGCGGCACAGAUCUCCCCGCUCCGUCUUGUGAUGUUGCGGAGACUCACGGCCCGCUGCCCCAGAACACGACUCUCUUUAUGGGCUUUGCCUUCAUGCUGACGGCCUCGUCAGAGAUCGACCGGCUGACCAACAAGCACGCCAGCGAUGACGAGGAUGAUUACGUGCAGUCAGCUCCGUAUAACAAAGCUUACACAGAGUCCCAGCUGCAGGCGGGUGGAGGCUUUGUCCUGCCAGACUUCAAUGAAGAACAAUGUAAGGCAGCUUACCAGAGCCUGCUCAUUUCAGACCAGCACUGUCGUACAAGGAAAUACUUGCUGUGUUUGGCCAGCGGUGUGCCGUGUGUGUCACACGUCUGGGUGCGAGACUGCUGCAAAGAGAACAAGCUGCUCAACUACAGGAACUACCUGCUGCCUGCCGGGGAGGGGCCAGAUGAGGCUGUAGUAGAAUGGCAUUCACGCUGCAGCCCGUUCAAGACUCUGCGGGUCCUUCUCGUGUUUGAGAAGCCGGUGGAGCUUUGGGCACAGCUGAUCACCAUGGGUGGAGGUUCUUCUGUCCAGCAGUUCCAGCCAGAAAAUGACGGCUCAGACAUUCCUGCUGGCAAGUAUGAUGUCGUGGUGACAGACGGUGCCUGUCCGCCAUUGGUGGAGAAAAAUGUGACAUCACAGGAAGUCCCGCUUGUGUCUCCUGAGUGGCUUAUCCAGAGUGUCAUCCGUGGGGAGCGCCUGGGUUUCCAUAGCAAGCCUCAGUAUCGCCAUGACUACUCCUCCUCAUCAUCAUCAUAAUCUGACUCCACAUGUUAAAAUGCCUUCGACCAUGUUAAAUGUUCAGCAUUAGUACUGUUGCAUGCCUCUGCUGUAUAUAACUUUAUCAUGUCUGUUUUUAAUGGGAUAAUAAAUUGUGACCUUGUUCCGUUUCAUUUUAA